UAUACUAUCGUUUUAAAAUGACCUGUAGAUCAACUAACUAUACCCGUAUUUUGAAGAAGUAUAAAUAGUAUUAUAACGACAUGUUAUUCGAUUAUAUAUAUCAUUUUAAGAACAGCAAAAACAUGGUACGGGUGGCGAUUUACCAAAUUUAUUUUUUAUUCCUUUGUUCGUUGACCUCCACUCUAGUGAUUGCAACAAGAAAAGAUGAAGGCUGGGAAAGGGUGUAUGCUAACAACAUAACAUCUGUGAUACCUCUUCAUUAUUAUGGUGGAAAAUCCUACUAUAUGGGCACACAUUUUCGGGCAACCUACCACCAAGCCAUCGCAUUUUGUGAACAAAUUCAUAUGACACUGCUGUCAAUUCGUUCCUAUGAAGAGAAUGAAAGGAUUUACAAAUUCAUCAGAGAAGCAAGUGUUGGAAAUGAAUAUUGGACUUCAGGUACGAGACUGGUAGACGGCUUCAGCUGGUUGUGGUUGCCUUAUGGCGAGAGAAUAGAUUACACAAACUGGUCGAACGGUCAACCGUCAGAUGUCAAUGAAAAGUGCCUGCAAUUAUGGGUGGUCAACGGAAAACUGCAUUGGAACGACAGACCAUGCGAUGUAAAGUUUUGGUUCAUAUGUGAAAGAUUCGACAAUGCAAAUGUUGGACCAUCUUUUUGAGUGUUGUGAAACUUUCUAUACCCAUUGAUUAUCAAAUAAUAAAAUGAAUGAAUCCAGAGAAAAUUUAUUCAUUUCAUGGGGGACGAUGUUCGUUUUCAAGUUGGUCGAGCUAUACAGG